GCGUGCCGCUGCUCUGUGUGCGUGUGAUGGCGAGAGGAGGCUGUGCUCUAAAAAGCCUCCACAGCGACUCAGCUGCAUCACUUGCGAGUCAGACUGAUAGCUUUAGUCAGAGAGAUACGGGACAGUUUUUAGCCCUGAAAUUGACACAGGACAGGAGUGGAGCAUGGGAGCGACAUUAUCAGAGCAGCAGGAUAAAUGUGAGGAAGAUGAGGAGCAGCAUUCAGGACAGGAUGAGGAGGUAACGGAGGACAGCGCUGAAGACAAGUUGCUUCAGAAAAAUUGGAAAAUCUCUGGCCAGAAUGGAAAACCAGAAAACCAGACUGAUGAGAUGAAUAGUCAGUCUGAUGAGAGGGACCUUUUAGAUGUGGGAUCUGGAUUUGUGACACUAAACGAAGAUACUUCUGAUAUGACCGACAGUAUUCAAGAAGGAGAUGACUCUGACAACAUUAGUAAACAGAUGAACAACACAGAUGAAAGAUCUGUAAUAGUGAACGAAGAAAAUGAGGUCAAGGACAAAGUAAAUGACGCUGAAAUUGGCUUCAAAAAAAUCUUCAGAUUUGGUGGAUUUAAAUUCACUCUAAAGAAAGACAAGGGUGAAAAGAUUGAUACAAAUGAGCCUGUAGAAAGUGAGCAGGACAGAAAUGCUGCAGGUCCAUCAGAAGAAUCUUGGGACACCCCAGAUUUGAAUCCUGUCAGGAGAAAUGAGCAGGAUGAAGAAGAGAAAAAGAUUGAAGGAAUUGGGGGUGAUGCAGGUGCUGAGUCUCCUGAGACACAGUUUACUGAAAACAGGGAAGAAACCACUCCUCACAAAGGACUGAUGGGAGAUGUUCCUCAAAGCCCUGAACCUGAGGAACCCAUGUCCCCAGUUAAGCGAUUUUUCUCACAAGGAAUUUUUGGUAGUUUGAGAAAAAAGAAAAAAGAUGAAGGUGGACCAAAAGAGAAUGAAGACGAACUGAAAUGUUUGAACAAAGCGGUUGAAAAAGAAACUACAAAAGAAGACACUACAUGUACAUGCCUUGAUGUCUCUAAUAGUACAAUUGCUGAAGAUAAAAAUGGGCAGCUAUAUAAGAAAGAUGAGAGCAAACCUGCAGCUGAAGGAGACAUUAUGAAUUGUCUAGAACAAGAUAAAGUGCAAGCAAGUCCAUUCAAGAAGCUUUUUAGGAAACUGUCCACAAGAAGAUCGAGCGAAACAAAACCUGGUGACACAAAUUCACUUGACCCUGGAGAAAAUAGCAGUGAAAAUCCUCAAUUAUCCACAGAAUUAAUUAAGUCCCAGAAGGAGCAAGAAACAAAGGUGGUUGAAACACAGCCUGCGGAUGAGAUGAUGGACACGAGUCAUGAAGAGUCAAAAAAAAAGUCAGACUCAGCUGUUUCCUGGGAAAAUCUUAUAUGUGUCAGGUCUGCCAAGACAAGGGCUAGGAAAACGUCUGACUCUGAAGAUGAAACACAAGAUAAAGGAGAGGUGCACAGAAGAGCAACUGAAUCACCAUUUGAAAGUUCUACUGAAGGUGAUCAUCUUACAUCGUCCAAUGAACAAGGUGCUAGUCCUGCAGAAGAAGACAGUGGGUCCACAUGGAAGUCUUUUAAAAAGCUGGUAACUCCAAAGAGAAGAAGCAGAAUGGAAGAAAGUGGUUCAGUUGAGCAAAUCCAGUCAGACACGGAGAUUAGUAAAGAUGAAUCUUCAUGUUCCUUACGGAAACUUAUUUCAGGGCGUAAAAAAAUUAAACUUGAUGGGCAGCAAGAAUACAUAUCAUCCGAUGAAGGUAGUAAAGGCACAGGAACAGACAUUGAGGAUGACGACACCCCAGGGGUUGUACCACUGUCUGAAUAUGAAAUAGCUGAACCUAAAAUGUUGAAAGAGACGACUGAUGGAACAAAAAGAGAAAGUGAAAAAGAGAAAGAGAUGCAACCUGUUAGUGAAGAGGACAAACCUAAACAAAUACAGCCUUCAUAUAAUGUUAAACCUUUAAGCUUCGAUGCUGGCCCAUCAGGUAUACCUAUUCCCACAGAGUAUAUGGAAGAAUUGACAGAAUUCCUAAGCAAACAUCAGCAACUCAGUGACAUUCCAGAGGAAGGACUCAUUGAGGAAAGUGUUGCAACUCCACUAUCCUUUGUUGAAUGGACAACUCAGUAUGACACCUUAGCUGAAGAUAUAGUAGAUAUGACAGCUGAUGCAGUCACUGCUCCCGAACAUGCAUCUGAACACACUGAGGAUGAAACUUCUGAAAUGGUUUCUGCAGUUUCCCAACUAUCGGAUUCACCCAAAUCAUCAGGAAAUGUAACACCAAUAUCACCUGUACACCAUAUGAGAGAAUGUGACACAAUCUUUCAGGAAGUUGUGGAGUCCGUCAGCAUGGUGCCAAGUGUUUUGUCCAUCACUACACAAGACCAAGUUCCUGAGGCUCAAGCAGCGUCAGUCUCUCAGUUUAUCGUAGAGUCAACUACAACAGCUGAAACAAAAGUAUUAGUAACCCAUAAAAAAGAGGAAGCUACAUCCAUCUGUAUAGGCAUUGUUUGUCAGGACAUUAGAGCUGCUGAAGUUGUUCAUUCAUUGCCCUUAUUUGAAGGCAUAUCAGAAAUCACUCACACUGUACCAACAGAAUUUGUCUCUGAGGAUUUGGCAGAAGAAUCUAAGCUAGCAGGAAUAGCAAGUGACAAUGUCAGUGAAGCUGAAAUCGAAGAAAUCAAAACGAUGUUACAUGAAGUGCUUUCACUUGACAAGCAAUGCACAAUUCUUGCUGAAACCGCGAGAAAAUCAAAGCAAGUUAUGAUGGUUGAAAAUGUUCAGGAAGAAGUUUCUCCUGUGAUACAGAUAGAAGAUGUGGAAGAUGAUUCAGCUAAAUUAUUAAAUGGACUUCAUGAAUGCACACCGGUUCAUGCUGCAGUUUGCAGUGCAAGUCAGCUUCUUGAGGAGCAGAUUAUUACACAGAACAGCAACAGGCCUGAAACUGAAGGUCCACUACAGCCAGCUGUAGAAGAACCUGUAUAUGAACAGCAGACACAGAACACUCAAAUCCCUUCUGAGGUUGCAAAAGAGAACAGAAUUCCAGAUGUUGAAUCAUCAGCUGCUGACGUUGAGCAACUUGUUCAAGUCACUGAAGUAACAAAGCCUGUAUUAUACAGUGUUGUAGCCUUAGAGUCAGACCCUGCUCUGAAUCAAGUCUCAGCAAGGACAGAGGCUGGAGUUCUUGUAUCAGACAUGAAAUGUUCAGAGUCUAUAGCACCAAUUAGCAAUGUUAUCCCCAUAUCAGAUUCUGUUAAGAUAGAAAUGGAUUUGGAGCAAGAAGCUCAAAUGAAAAAUGACCCUUCACCACAUCAUAAAGACAGUCAUACAAUCCAAGUUAAAGUGAAAAGUUCUGAGCUACAAACAGAAAAUAAAAAUGCUGAGACAGUACCUGCACUUGGCACCACAACAGCUUCAGCAGAUGCCUUUAAAAAUAUAGAGAUUAUCAGAGAGGAAGAAAAAACAAAACAAAAGAUUGAACCUACUUCUGCAAAGACUAUUGUGGAAACUGGUGAUGAAAAGAUUGUUUACAGCCUUGAAGCUGAGAGUCUUUCAGAAAUCAUAGAUAAACCAACAGAAGGACGAGAAGGUAAAGAAAGUGAAUUGACCACACUUGUCAGGGAAAGUAUGUUACCUUUAGCAAUGACCAGUGAAGAAAGUGCAAGUAAAGAGACAGAAGAUAUGUCAGAAGUUAUCCUGGGCCUUAAAAAAGAACACACAGAAGAAGAAACGGUUCAUAUAGAAGACUGCAAGAGUAAGCAUGCUGCAGGUGAUGAAAUAGGCAUGCUCACACUUAAUCCAACUGAAACAGUUGAGGAGACCAAGAAGCCGCCAGUCAUCUCUGAGCAACCAAGAGUCUAUGAAGAAAUGCCAGAGAAUGGAGUCCAACCACCAGCAACAGACGAACUGAUCGCAGAUGCACAAACUAAAGCUCCAGGGCCUGAAGAUGAUUCAGCAAAAUCAGAGGCGGUUAAAAGAUCAUGUGUGGAUGAUGAACCAGAUAAAUUAUUAGCAAAUGAGCAAGAAGAUAAUGAAACAGCAAAUCCUGAAAUUACUACAGACCUAAAAACUGUAGAGACAUUUAAGACAUUUCCUGAAGUUGAGCCGCAAUGUGACCCAGAUGAGCAACAAACCGAAGUUUUAAUCUCAAAACCAGAAAUGUUUCAAGCAACUGAGUCAAGUCAUGAACCUUAUGAGGAAAAUAAUGAAGCAACUGAAGCCAUGGUUAAAAUGACUGAAACCAUUUCAACAUUUAUGUGUGAAGAAGAAAAAAGAGUUCAGUGUAAUACAACUGAACAACCAGUGGCAACUCGACAGUGCUUUAAUGAAAUAGACAGAGUAUGUUCAUUAGAUCAAUCUGUAAUGUCUGACACACUUUCAGCAGAGAAGCAAGAGGAUAAUGAAACAGCAAAGCCUGAAGUUAAAACAGAAAUCAUUACAGAACACCAAGAGGCAGUGACAGGAUUAUCUUCAGCACAAACACUUUCACCAAUAUUGAAGAACGUUUUAGAAAAAGAGGAUGCAAACAUCACCAGACCAGUUAUAGUUGAGGUGACGGAACCAAAAUUAGAACUGCUUAUGAUAACAGAGACAAUACAACACACAUCAGAAGUCCCGGGACUGGAUGACCAGACAAUAGCUCCUGAAACAGAAACCUUAGUGAGAACAUGUGUGGAAAAGGAUGUUGAAGCACAGGGCUCUGUUGUGACAUCAUUAAAAGAAGACACAGAUGUGAACUCUUCAGUUUUGAGAAGCAGUGAAGCACAGAUAAAAACCGUGAUCUCUGCGGUACAAACGCUAGAGGAGCGAACAGCAGCAGAUAUCCCAGUGAUUCAAAAGCCAACUGUUGGUCAGCUGAUCCAGGAACCAGAAAUGUCCAUGGUGGCACAAGAAAUAAAGGAAACAAAACCAGACACAGAUGAUGUUACUACAUUAAAUAUACCUGUGGCAGAAGUUACAAGAGUAGAAGUGACCAAACAGAUCAUAAAAGGAGCAGUUCUGACAUCAACAGUAGCAGAGUAUGAAAUUACAAAAUUGAAGGAGGACGUGGUUUCAACAGUUACUACAUUAAUUGAAGAGCCAACAGUAGCUUCUUGUGUAAAACUAAAAACAGCAUCAGAGGCCUCACUGGUUGAAACACCAACAGUGGUUCCAGCUGAAGUCCAAAGACCAACUGUUGUCCCUGUGAUAGAAACACUGGCAGUUAACAGAGCAGUAAAGGAAGUGGAAACGCCAGUCACUGAACCAGAGGUUGAGGAAAGACACCAUGAUGCACAAGCUGCAGUUAACAUUGAAGUGAAACACCUACCACUGACUGAAAUAAAAGUAACAGAAAUAACUGAACAGAUAGCUGGAGAGACGUUCCUGAAAUUUGAGCCUCAGCUCAACACUGAACAGCCACAGAAAGAAUUUUUAUCCUUAAAAUCAGAAGAGAGUCAAGCACCUGAGUCAAGUCAUAAACCUUAUGAGGAAAAUAAUCAAGUAACUGGUGCUGAUGAAAUAAGUGAAACCAUUUCAUCAGCUAUACAUGAAAAAGUAACAGGAGUGGAAUGUAAAAUAUCUGACCAACCAGUAAAAACUGGACAGGGUGGAGAUGGAGAACCAGUAAGUGCAAUGGAUCAUGUAAGUGAAAUACUUGCUAAAGAUAAAGCUGAAUCCCCAGAAGGUUUUGUCAUGUCUGAAACUGAAGGGUCUGAGCAUGUAUUGGAGGUAACAAAAGCUAGUGUUGAAGUUGUAACUGAACAUGAGGUUGAAAUGACAGUGGGAUUUCAAGAAAACAUUGUCUAUCCAGACGCAACUAAACAAGAAGAAGUGUCUGAAAUAGACGUGGAAAAUGCAGCAGUCACUGAAAAGAACACAGAACGAACAGCAGCAUUAAAACUGAAGGAGGAAUCAACCAUUAUCAAGUCUGAAGGACAGACAGUACUCACAUCUGAGCAAGUGGCAGAGUCACCAAUUGUGAGUGUAAAUGAAAAUAAACCUGAGGUGCUGACACAUGAAAUGAGUAAAAUUGGAGCAGAGACACUGGAUGUGGCAGAAUCAAAGGCAGAUAUUAAUGUAGUAUCAGAGAUUCAAGCAGAAAUGCCUGGUGUGGCCUCACCAGUGGAAACACCGGUGGUCAUAUCGACAGAAAAGACUGGUAAUGUAGAAGCUCUUGCUUUGACAUCAGUAAUAAACAGAUUACAGUCGGAUUUAAAAUCAGUCAACGAACCAGAGGUUUCUACAGGAUCCCUACGACACGAAACUCCCAUUGUAGUCUCAGAUAUACAAACAGUGACAGGGUUAUCUUCAGCACAAACACUUUCACCAAUAAUAAAGGACAUUUCAGAAAAAGAGGAUGCAAACAUCAACAGACCACUUAUAGUUGAGGUGACAGAACCAAAAUUAGAAAUGCUUAUAGUAACAGAGACAAUACAACACACAUCAGAAUUCCCAGUACAAACAAUGGAGACCUCAGCUCUUGAAACAGAAACCUUAGUGAGAACAUGUGUGGAAAAGGAUGUUGAAGCACAGGGCUCUGUUGUGACAUCAUUAAAAGAAGACACAGAUGUGAACUCUUCAGUUUUGAGAAGCAGUGAAGCACAGAUAAAAACCGUGAUCUCUGCAGUACAAACGCUAGAGGAGCGAACAGCAGCAGAUAUCCCAGUGAUUCAAAAGCCAACUGUUGGUCAGCUGAUCCAGGAACCAGAAAUGUCCAUGGUGGCACAAGAAAUAAAGGAAACAAAACUUAAGACACUAGACACAGUUGAUGUUACUGCAUCAAAGAUACCUGUGGCAGAAGUUACAAGAGUAGAAGUGACCAAACAGAUCAUAAAAGGAGCAGUUCUGACAUCAACAGUAGCAGAGUAUGAAAUUACAUCGUUGAAGGAGGACGUGGUUUCAACAGUUACUACAUUAAUUGAACAGCCAACAGUAGCUUCUUGUGUAAAACUAACAACAGCAUCAGAGGCCUCACUGGUUGAAACACCAACAGUGGUUCCAGCUGAAGUCCAAAGACCAACUGUUGUCCCUGUGAUAGAAACACUGGCAGUUAACAGAGCAGUAAAGGAAGUGGAAACGCCAGUCACUGAACCAGAGGUUGAGGAAAGACACCAUGAUGCACAAGCCGCAGUUAACAUUGAAGUGAAACACCUACCACUGACUGAAAUAAAAGUAACAGAAAUAACUGAACAGGUAGCUGAGGAUGUAGAAAAUACAACAAACCUCAAAGAGAGUAAAAGCUCUGAAGAGCAGAGAGGACGAUUACAAGAGGUUUUUGUCCCUGUUGUGAAGACAGUUGAACCCCUACCAGGAGCAGAUGAUGAUAUAUGGGAGGAUGCUACUGAAGAUAUUAAAGAUGAUCAUUGUUCCAGGACGAAAGCAAGCGGAGGUUUAUAAGAUGCAACCGUGUGCCAUGGCGAUAAGUGAAGCCUGUUUGACUGAAUGCCAGUGAAGAAGAUAGAGUCUUCUAACAGACUCUGGAAACAGUAAAGGCUGAGGGUGACCCCAGCAUGAAUGUCUUGAUGAAGCCACAAUUUGGUGAAACGUUACAGAAGAUGUGUAUAAGCAAUAAUGCAGUACAGGAAAGGCAAGCAUUUAAAAGCAAAGCCAUAAUGACACAAAUUAUUUACUCAAUAAUAUUUUAUCAAUAUUUUGUAUUUUAAUUUUGUGCCUUUAGCAACCCGAUAUAAACAUGCACCCUCAAUUUUGAAGGUAAAUCAAGUUUAAAUGUAGACAUUUUAGUGAUACUGCAGUGGGAUUAGUUUGUUAGCAUCAUGAAUACAUAGAAUAGCUAGACCUCGCUUUACAUUCACAUACUCUUAAAUCAUGUUUAAAUAAAUAUAAUGCUGUCACCAAAGCUAUAUUUACAAUUGUAUAUAGCCUACCUGGACUUCUUAUUACCAGAGAGUAAACACUGGUUCAAGGAAUCUCUUAAGUCAUUAAAAAUGAUAAGUUAUAGUAUAACUUAAGUAUAAAAUAAUAUGUUUAUAGAAUGAUUUGUCUUUAAAUCUGACAAUUAUUGUUUUUUGUGAAAUUUGAACAAUCACCAACUAUAUGCAAAAAAAGAUUUUUUGUCCUCAUUUUGUCAAAAAAUAAUAUUUAUAUUUAAAAUCUUUAAACAAAUUUAAACUUUUAAAAAUAAUAUCUAGGUUUAAGUCUCAUAAAUCUGUUAGAGUUUUAUUAUUAUUCCACACAAACCAAUGUGGUGAAUUUCUGGAGCGUUUUAAGUUACUGCAAGCAUUCUGUAUUCUGUUUUAUUAUU